UUUACUCCAUUUCUCGCAGGACCAGUGUGCACUUUGACCCAGAGGAUAUCCUGUGCCUUCUCAGCAGUUGGAGUGCGAGCGCACUAAAGCCAAUACGAGACAAAAGAUCUUUACAGCUUUAUGCACUUUUAUCGAGGUAAACAGAGAUUUAAGCUUUUGACGUAGCAGAUAAAACACUGGAAUCAUUGACCUGCAAGCUUGACAAUGAUGGAAGAAGUAAAAGAAGGGACGUCUACUCUGAGUGUCCACGGUCAUAACAUCAAGCUUACAGAGGUGGUGAAAGACGGGGACACACUAACAUUCCUAAUUGUAUCUCAAAAGCUGUCCGGGACAGGGGAGUACCAUGUGUACCGGAGCUACAAUGAUUUUGACUGGCUGCAGCACCACCUGUUUUCUCAGGAGGAUGUGCCCGGGAUACAGGGAGUCAUAUUUCCACCUCUUCCUGCAAAGGCUCAGGUGAAUGCAUCUGCCAAAGUUAUCAAACAGCUUGGUCUCCUUGCUUUAGGCGAGUGGCUGCCAUACUGCAAAGCACUGGAAACCUUCCUCCAGCAGAUUGCAACACACAGCAUACUCAGCAAAAACAAAGCUGUGGAGAUCUUCCUGAUAAGCUCAGAUCCUCCGGGCAGACAGAGAGUAAGGAAGAACAUUUUCAACCGGCUGAGUCAGGCUGUGGAGGAGAUGAGGAAAGAAGGUCACAAGGAUGUGGAUGAGUUCUUUCAAACUGAACGUGAUCAUAACCUUCUUCUAACCAGCUAUGCCAAGACUGCAGCAGAGAGAUUCCUGGAUGUGGUGCAAACUGAGCAAAAAAUAGCAGUGGCCUGUGGGCACUUCUCAGCUGCUCUGCAUCUCUGCGUGGAACACGGGGAGGACCCUGACAAACAGGCUUUCACUAAGGCCUGUGUGAAAUUAUCAGAAGUAUUUGAUUCUAUGAAGAAAAAUAUGACAAAAGUUGCUGAGAACGACAUGAACACUCUUGGGCUAGGCUUGGACCUGGAGUCACGGUACCAGGAGGCAAAAAAGGAGAUGCUCUUCAGGAGAACCUGUAAACUAGUGGAGUUAGAGACUGCCCGAAAGAAUGCAGAGAAGGCCAAACCAGUGAAGAAGGCUGCUAUGGAGGAGGUGAAGAAAGCAACAGAGACGGAGUUUAAUCACAUUUGUGAAGUGGCUAAACAGGAGAUUGCACAGCUGCAGAGUGUACGUGUGAAGAUGUUGCAGCAGGCUCUGGUUCUGUGGUGUGAAAAGCAGCUUGUUACAGCCAAAGAGAGUGCUGACCAGUUCAGCCAGCACCUGCAAUCCUUAAGAGGGAUGGCCUAGUGACCCCACACUUAAUGAAGCAUCCUCAGUGUGUCUAAACAUAGCAUGGGGUAACCCAAACAUGUCCUUCACCCUGUUGUGCUGAAGUCUGAUUCUUUAUUGGAUUCAAUUACAUCCAGUGUAAAAAAAACCAGAAAACAAAAACAAAAUAUAAUGAAAAGAGAAAGGGAAUGCCUCCUGAUAAUCAAACAACAUGAAUCUCUAUAAAUCAUACACAUACUCAAUUUCCCCAAGUCUCUCCUCAAUCACACUCAUACCAAUAAACCCCCAGAAGAGAUGAUGGUUUUCUUUGCAGUGGAUUUGUCGCCCUGUGAGGCCAUUGUGUGUUCGUGUGUAUUUGCUCUGUAUUGCACUCAUACAUUUGUGCUGAGAGUGUAUUGUGCUGCUCUCCAGCCGCCACCACAUCAGCCGGGUCACACAAAAUAAAGUGUGAUGAAUUGAUUCCCAAAGUA